AUGUGCGCUCUGCUGCUGGAGAAUGGAGCCAACGUGAACGCGAUGGACAACGAAGAUUGGACUCCACUUCACGCAGCUGCAACCUGCGGUAACAAGGAGCUUUGUGGGAUGCUUAUUAAUUGGAACGCAGAUCUCCUCGCACUUAAUGUGGACGGCAACAUGCCGUACGACCUCUGUGACGAUAACGACACCCUCAUACUUUUGGAAACAGAAAUGGCCAAAAGGCACGUGACCCAGGAACAGAUAGACGAAAUUCGUUUGCAACCAGAAAGGGAUAUGCUCGCUGACCUUAAUCGACGUCUAGCCGCUGGGGACGAUCUUCAGGCCCUCGACUCACAAGGAGCUGCACCGAUACACAUAGCCUGUUCUUGCGGUUUUGUGGAUGUUGCUCGCUUUCUGCUUCAACACAGAUUUGACCCAAAUCUUCCCGACCAGGAUGGAUGGUUGCCGAUCCACAUUGCUGUUUCUUGGGGAUACGUAUGUUCGCUAAUUUAUGCCCAUUUCUAUCACACCCUAAGACUCUUCGCGGCUUUGAAGCUUUUCGUGGUUACGUGUGUUGACUAA